AAGGCCUCGGUGGCCUCGUCGCGGCCCAGUGAAGCAAUUCCACAUUUGCCUCAUCCCCUCUCACGGAAGGCAUCGCCAGACCUCGAUCAAAUCAGCACCGAGCCCCUUCGCACCUACUCGUCACUCUGCAGCUUCUCCGCCAGAGUCCACCGCCUCACCCCGAUGAGCGGUUGAGCUCGUGCGUGUUGAUGGGCGCGCAGAAGAGCAUUCAGGCCGGUAAAGCUAAGAUUGAUUUCAAUGUGGAUCUCACCCAGAAGCUUUGUGGAGCCAUCUUGUUGCCACACAUAAGGUAUUCUAGAAACCUACUUUCACAGGUUAUCGCAAGGUUUUCAUUGAAGCACCCGAACCUCUUCGGAAGAAAUGAAAAGUUGGAUAUAUUGUGGGACAAAGGCCUUGGCGAUUCAAAUAUUCUCAUUGCAUUCAGGCGCCCAAAGCCUGAUUGGUUUUGUCCGCAGUCAUUUACCUUUCAGCAUUCAGUGGGUCCCGAGAUUGCAGUUCAUGGGUUGCCUGUUGAUCUUUUCUCUCGUUCAGGGAGUGGUGGUGUCAAUCUUUGCCGCUUCUCAGCAGGUGUUGAUUUCAAUGAGCCUUCUACUUCCCAUUGGAGCAGCACCACAAGCAUCAAAUUUGAGCAUGUUCGUCCUCUCAAUAAUGAGGGUCGCUCCAUAAACAUGGAUCUUGAUGGUUUUCCCAUAACUUCCAGUGGCAGGUCUUACGAUAAUAUGGUAGUUUUGAAGCAAGAAUCACAGUAUGCAGUUGCUAACGACAAUAAUUUUACAAGAUUAAAUUUUCAAAUGGAACAAGGACUGCCUCUUUUGUCCAAAUGGCUCAUUUUCAAUCGAUUCAAGUUUGUUGCAUCCAAAGGAUUUAAAUUGGGGCCUACUUUUUUGGUCACAAGUCUGACAGGUGGUUCCAUUGUAGGGGACAUGGCACCAUAUCAAGCAUUUGCUAUUGGUGGCAUUGAUAGUGUCCGAGGUUACGGUGAGGGUGCAGUUGGCUCAGGAAGGUCGUGUCUGGUUGCUAAUGGUGAAUUUACAAUUCCUAUGACCAAGGAAUUGGAAGGUGCCGUCUUCAUGGAUUUUGGAACUGACUUGGGGUCUGCUUGUCAUGUCCCAGGUAAUCCUUCACUACGACAAGGAAAACCUGGUUCUGGACUGGGUCUUGGCUAUGGCAUCCGCUUCAACUCACACUUUGGCCAAUUUCGAGUCGAUUAUGCUGUCAAUGCCUUUCAACAGAAGACCGCCUAUUUUGGCAUCAACAAUGUCGGAUCCUGAGCUCUCACACAAUCGCUGAGGCAAACAUUCUUUCACCUGAAGCCCGAGUGUGAGGGCAUGCCAAUGGUUGAUCUUUGGAUACUCAUUUCAACUUGUCGAGCCACAAUCUCAGCGACGUCAAUGUUCAUACUUUUGCCACUGAGUUUAUUAGUUUUCGACGAUUUAAGUGAGAAGACUGUUCCUGUGAUGUCUUAUAUCGCGAAAAAGAAGAAUUCCAUGUCUCAGAAAACAGUAGCUUGCGAGCAUUUCUACAGAGGAAAGGCUGCUCAUUGAAGACUCGAGUUGUUAUGCAAUCUGCAUUAGAUGUGUCUUCUUUUGUGUAAUAGAUAACAAAAUUGUUGUUUACUCGAUAUAUUGGACUGAUGAGUUUGAUUA